AUGCCCGAAGGCUUCGUUGAAACACCGGGCACCAAGGGACGCUCACGAAAGUCUGAAGUCAAUGGAGAUCGCUCCUCGUCACCACUCGACGGAGCAUAUACUACUGGCGUCGACCCGGAAGUCAAGAUUGAUCGAUCGGAGCAGCAAGCAGCGAAGAAUGAUCUGGACAAGGGCACCAAUGGCCACGUCAAUGGACUCAAUGGCCAUGUCAUCGGCAGCGCGGCACCGCGAGUAGUGGACGGCUGGGCUGAGGGUUCAGAUCCCAAGAUCGACCUGAACCCUACCUUCGACUUCGGCGGCAGCUUCGGUGUGACGGCUAUGAUGCUCGGCUUCCCGACGCUCAUGUGGUAUAUGUGGAUUGGAGCGACCUACUACGACGGUAAAUUCCCUUCCGAGCCCAGCAUGUCCUGGUCGAAAUUCGCCAGUCACAUGGCACAUCUCGUCUACACGGGCGCCUUUCCUCACACGAAAGCCUGGGCAAUCUACUGGGUUUUCCUCGUCGGCCAGGGAGUCCUAUACCUAACUCUUCCCGGCGUCUACGCUACCGGCAAGCCUCUCCCGCACGAAGGUGGUAAACAGCUCCGCUACUACUGCAACGGCGUUUUCAGCUUCUACCUCACCAUCAUUCUAGCUGGCGUUCUACAUUUCACGGGACUCUUCAAGCUCUACACUCUCAUGGAUGAGUUUGGGCCCCUGAUGAGCGUAGCCAUCAUCACCGGCUUCGGAAUGUCCGUAGUAGCCUACUUCUCCGCUCUCUCCCGCGGCGCCCAACAUCGCAUGACCGGCUAUCCCGUCUACGACUUCUUCAUGGGCGCCGAGCUCAAUCCGCGCAUGUUCGGCUGGCUCGACUUCAAGAUGUUCUUCGAGGUCCGCCUCCCCUGGUUUAUUCUCUUCCUGAUCACACUUAGCGCCGCGGCCCGACAAUACGAACUGUACGGCUACGUAACCGGCGAAGUUGGAUUCCUUCUCAUGGCCCACUUCCUCUACGCCAACGCCUGCUGCAAGGGCGAAGAAAUGAUCGUCAUGACCUGGGACAUGUACUACGAGAAAUGGGGCUUCAUGCUCAUCUUCUGGAAUCUGGCUGGUGUACCGUUGAGCUACUGCCACUGCACCAUCUACCUCGCCAACCACGACCCGAGCGAAUACGCCUGGUCCAAGCCCUUUUUGGUUCUGCUGUAUAUUUCCUACCUCUUCGUCUACUUCGUGUGGGACACCAGUCAGAGCCAAAAGGCCAUGUUCCGCGCUCGCGAACGCGGCUACCAGACCGAACGCAAGUCCUUCCCUACUCUACCCUGGAAAGAAGUCAAGAACCCAAAACACAUCAAGACGGAAUCUGGCGACUCGAUCUUGGUGGAUGGAUGGUAUGGAUAUGCUCGCAAGAUCCACUAUACCUGCGAUGUCUACUUCGCCACUACCUGGGGCCUGAUCACGGGAUUCAAGUCUCCAUUCCCGUGGUUCUACCCGGUUUUCUUUGUGCUCAUGAUUAUUCACCGGGCUUUCAGGGAUAUUCAGAGGUGUAGAGAGAAGUACGGUGAGGCGUGGUUGGAGUAUGAGCGGAGGACGCCGUAUUUGUUUAUUCCCUACGUUAUCUGA